AUGGCACCCGGUGGCGCAUCCACACCAUCGAUGCGAGCAUUGACGGCAAGGUUGAAGCAGAUACAGCUGUCGCUCAAUGACAUCCACCGAUUCAUUCAAGCCUUUACGGAAUCCAAUAACAUUACCGAGGUGGAGGUACGUGUUGAGAAACUGGACGAGCUUUGGGAGAGCUUUAGUGCAACCAUGGUGGAGAUCUACGCUCAUGACGAAUUCAAGGCUGAGAAGAUUUCACUGGAGAAGGAACGCAGCGAGUUCAGCGAUCGCUAUUACGAGAUCAAGUCCUUCCUAAUGGACAAGAUCAAGGAGCUCCAGAAACCCCAAGUACUAGAGCAGUCCUUCCGAGCUGGUGAGGGAACAACGGCAGUUACCAUGGAGCACGUACGUCUACCGCAGAUCAAGCUGCACACAUUCAGUGGAGACAUCGACGAGUGGCUGAGCUUCCGCGACUUAUUCACGUCGCUAAUCCAUUGGAAGGCAGAUCUACCGGAUGUGGAAAAAUUCCAUUAUCUGAAGGGCUGCCUUCAAGGGGAACCCAAGGGCUUGAUCGACCCACUCCCGAUCACGGCAGCCAAUUACCAGGUGGCAUGGGAUACGCUGUUGAAACGCUACAACAACAGCAAACAGCUGAGGAAGCGGCAGGUACAAGCUCUCUUCAAGCUACCCAUGCUUUCAAAGGAAUCCGGAGCUGACUUGCACAUACUGUUUGAAGGCUUCGAACGUAUUGUGCAGACUCUCGACCAAGUCAUCCAACCGGCUGAAUAUAAGGAUCUUCUGCUGGUGAACAUCCUUACAGCUCGAUUGGACCCGGUCACGCGUAGAGGGUGGGAAGAGGUCUCAUCUACAAAGAAGGAGGAUACUUUGGAGGAUUUAUGCGAAUUCAUUCAGCGUAGAAUCCAGGUUUUGGACAGCUUGCCACCGAAGCCCGUCGAUACUAGGGGUCUCGGCCAAUUGCAACAACAACCGAAACCGAAGGCUCAAUCAAUGAAGGUCAACUACGGUGCACAAACAUCUACGGGACGUUGCAUUGCCUGUUCAUCGGAUCACCUUCUUCAUCAGUGCAACAAAUUUCAAGGGAUGGCAGUCUCGGACAGGGAUGGUCUUGUUAAAUUAAAUGGACUCUGUCGAAACUGCUUAAGGUCAGGACAUCACGCUAAGGAUUGCCAGUCAAAAUUCUCUUGCAGGAACUGCAAGGGACGUCACCACACUCUUGUAUGUUUCAAACCGGCGAAGGAAAAGGGAUCCAAGGUUGCGACAGUUGCUGGGGGUAACAAGUCGUCCAAUUCUGAGGAUCAGCAAGGGUCAUCUGGUUUAUCAACCACACAAGUUGCUACCUUAGCAGCUACGGAAACUGCAGCACCCGCUGCAGCUCAACAACAAUCAACCCAAGUGCUUUUGGCAACGGCAGUUGUGGUUAUCGAGGAUGAUGUUGGCAAUCGUCAUCCAGCUCGUGCUCUACUGGACUCCGGGUCCGAAAGUAACUUCAUUACGGAGCGAUUGAGUCAGCGGUUACAAGUUACGCGAAAUCGGGUGGACAUUUCGGUAGCCGGGAUAGGUCAAGCAGCUACAAAGGUUCGGCAAGGGAUUCAAGCGGUAUUGCGGUCACGUGUAUCUGACUUCUCUCGUGAAUUAGGCUACCUAGUCCUGCCAAGGGUCACGGUGAACCUUCCAACUGCCACCGUCAACACGGAUACAUGGACUAUUCCGAGUGGGAUUCAACUGGCGGAUCCUAUGUUCUUCGAAUCGAACGCAGUGGAUAUCGUGCUCGGUAUCGAAUGCUUCUUCGACUUCUUUGAAACCGGACGGAGAAUCUCUCUAGGAGCAAACCUUCCAUCCUUAAAUGAGUCCGUGUUUGGAUGGGUCAUCAGUGGUGGGAUUUUGGAACCAAAUCGCUCUCGGCAUAUCAACUGCAACGUUGAUUCAGGCAAGGUUCACUCACUGGAAGAAAAACAGUGUGAAGAUAACUAUGUCAACACGGUUCAACGAGGUUCGGACGGUCGGUAUACCGUCUCACUGCCGAAGGAUGAAGAUGCCAUCUCACGGUUGGGCGAGUCUAAGGACAUCGCAUAUCGGCGUCUCCAAGGAACGGAACGCAGACUUGCCAGGGAUCCAUCACUCCGUGAGCAAUACAACGCUUUCAUGGAGGAAUACGUCAAGCUCGGCCACAUGCGGGAGGUGGAUGAAACUGAACUGGAGGUAAAACGGUGCUAUCUUCCGCACCACCCAGUGCUCAAGGAGGCAAGCACCACUACCAAGGUACGGGUGGUCUUUGAUGCGUCAUGCAAGACAUCAAGCGGAGUCUCUCUCAACGACGUUCUGAAGACAGGGACAGUUCUUCAGGAGGAACUUCGAUCCAUUAUUCUUCGCAGUCGGACAUGGCAGAUCAUGAUUGUCUCGGACGUAGAGAAAAUGUUCCGCCAAAUCCUCAUCUUCCUUCUGGAACGUGCCUUACAAUGCAUUCUCUGGCGUUUUUCACCUGCGGAGGUUAUUAAGAUCUACGAGCUCAACACGGUUACGUAUGGCACAAAAUCGGCACCAUUUUUGGCCACAAGGACACUCAAGCAGUUAGCGAUGGACGAGGAGAAGACAUUUCCUCUUGCGGCAAGAGCGGUCCUUGAAGAUACUUAUAUGGACGACGUAAUCACGGGUGCGAAUGAUGUGGAAACAGCAAGAGAACUGCAGAUCCAAUUGAAUAAGAUGAUGUCAGCUGGUGGCUUUCAGCUACGCAAAUGGGCUUCAAACUGCCCGGCUGCUCUAACGGGGGUUCCAGAAGAGAACUUAGCUAUUCGGCCUUCAGAUGGAAUUGAUUUGGAUCCAGAUCCAGCCGUAAAGACCUUGGGGUUGACCUGGAUUCCAUCUACGGACAUGCUGCGGUUUCAGUUUACCAUUCCCACUUUGGCCAACGGUGAAUUACUUACGAAACGGAACGUAUUAUCGAUGAUUGCGACCUUGUUCGAUCCUCUCGGACUUUUGGGACCAGUUAUCACCAUGGCAAAGAUAUUCAUGCAGCGGUUGUGGAUAAUACUGGAUGGGAAUGGCCAUACACUGGAUUGGGACCACCCCCUACCUCCAACGGUGGGUGAGGCGUGGCGUAAAUUCCACGAACAACUACCUCUUCUCAAUCAACUCCACAUCGAACGCUGUGUUCUCAUCCCAGAAACAGUAGCAGUCGAAAUUCACUGUUUCUCCGACGCCUCGGAGAAGGCAUAUGGCGCCUGUCUGUAUCUUCGGAGCACUAAUGCGGGCGGAGAGGUGAAGGUUCGACUUCUUUCGUCUAAAUCAAAGGUUGCUCCGUUGAAAUGUCAGAGUAUUCCUAGACUGGAGCUCUGUGGAGCACUUCUGGGAGCUCAACUAUUCGCCAAGGUUCGAGAAUCGAUUAGGAUUGAUGCUGAUUGCUAUUUCUGGACGGAUUCUACGUGCGUUUUACGUUGGAUUGAGGCUCCCCCAAUGACCUGGACCACUUUCGUCGCCAACAGGGCGGCCAAAAUCCAAAAUAUCACUGAGGGUGGUCGAUGGUUUCAUGUUCCUGGGACCCAAAAUCCAGCAGACUUGAUUUCCCGGGGAAUUCCUCCACAAGACAUUCUGGAAAACCAAUUCUGGUGGCGAGGACCUACCUGGCUGGAGGAGAACUCAGACCAAUGGCCUAGAUCACCGGAGAUACAAUCAACAGGAGAGGUUGAAGAAGAAAAACGUCGAACGGUUAUCGCAGGAUGCGUUUCCACACUCGCAGAGUUCAACCAUGAGUACAUUCGUAAAUUUUCGUCAUACUCCGAUCUCGUUCGUCGCACCGCAUACUGGCUUCGUUUGAUGAAGCUACUUCGAAUACCGUCUUCCCAACGGAAUAACACAGCCUUCCUUUCCACCGCCGAGCUGACGGAGUCAGAAAAUACAUUGGUUGGUCUAGUGCAGAAGGAAGUCUUCGGCAAGGAAUUGGAGGCUCUCACAAAGGAAAACAUGGUCCCAAGGGAUUCACCAUUACGUUGGUUUAACCCGUUUCUUUCCGAGGAUCAACUGCUCAAGCUACACUGA